AGGGCCGACCUAUUGCGGAGGCGAGCACAGAAGCGGCCAUGGCGGAGAGCGACUGGGACACCGUGACGGUGCUGCGCAAGAAGGGGCCCAGCGCGGCCCAGGCCAAGUCCAAGCAGGCUGUCCUAGCUGCUCAGAGAAGAGGAGAAGAUGUGGAAACCUCCAAGAAAUGGGCAGCGGGCCAAAACAAGCAGCACUCGAUCACAAAGAACACGGCCAAGCUGGACAGGGAGACCGAGGAGCUGCACCACGACCGGGUCCCCCUCGAGGUGGGCAAAGUGAUCCAGCAGGGCAGGCAGGGCAACGGGCUCACCCAGAAGGACCUGGCCACGAAAAUCAAUGAGAAGCCGCAAGUCAUUGCCGACUACGAGUCUGGAAAGGCCAUUCCCAACAACCAGGUGCUGGGCAAAAUCGAGAGAGCCAUCGGUCUUAAGCUUCGCGGGCGGGACAUUGGAAAACCCCUCGAAAAGGGCCCAAAAGGGAAGUGAUGACAAAGCCUCGAAAUCAGUUUUGCCCCGGCUGAUCUCGCCUGGCCGUUCUCUUCCUCCUGGAUGGAUGGCCAGGGUCUCUUUGUCUCCGCCAGGCUGAGCCACACCGCUUUAGCCUCACUAGAGGGGGGAACUCUCCAGAAUUCCUGCCCUGCGGUACGUCAGCAAUCGUCUCGACCGGUGACACUCUCUUCUGACUCUCUCCUUCCUUCCUUAAGAGAUUGAGUAUCCAAAACCUAAUAAACGCUGCAUCUGAUUCUGCCAGGGGCAAGAAACAAAA